UUUGCCAUUGUCCCAUUGCGGUCACAUGAUCUUCCUGACGUAGGCGUGGUCUUCUGUUGUGCACAAUAGUUGGCCUCGUGUGAAAGUCACUUAAUCUACCAAUUUAUUUCUAUAUCAGAUGUAUUUUAAUUUUGACUUUAAGAUAUUUGACCAGCUGCACAACUAAUCUGUACCUUGGGAAGAAUAAACGACAUAGAAUAGGGAAUUUCUUUAUGCUGAAAAGACUUUUUAUAAUAAAAAGGCAUUGUCGUUUGCAUUGAAAAUGUUCGAAAAUUCAGAAGCAGAUUACAAAGAAGAAUUUCAUUUCCGAUGGCAGAUUAAAAAUUUCUCAUUCGCUAAUUGCAAGACCGGUGAAGCUAUCGAGAGUCCUCCAUUUGUUGUCGAUAUUCUAGAUGAAACCAAAUGGUACAUUUUAGUUUACCCGAAUGGGAAAGAAGAUGAAGAAUAUGUGGACAUAUAUCUUUCAAGAGCUAUUUAUGACUACGGCGGUGAUAAUAUCCCUAUUAUAUUUACCUUCGAAUUGGAAGCAGCAGAUUCAACACGCCUAGAAUGCAGAAUAAGCCCUAGAUCGUUUUUUACAAGAAAUCUUGCUUGGGGAUUCAACCCAUAUAUUAAGCGAAGUAUCUUAUUGGGAGACAUGAAGUCAAUUUUGUUGCCUGAUGAUGUUUUUACAAUACAUUGUCAUCUUGAGAGAGCUCCUCAGGAAGUCAAUUACAUCAAAGAAUAUAUAGCUGAAUCAAUAAUGGAUAUAGAAAAUUUGGAAUUUACGUGGGAUAUUAAGAAUUGGAGCAAAAUUGAUGCCUACAGUCGGGUUUACAAAGAUGCACACUUUAAUGAAGAAUGUGCAGCUCUCUUUCGAAUAUCCAUUCUCAAAAGUGAUGAUUUCGCCAAUAACUUAAUUGUGGAACUAAGAAAAUUGCAUCCAGAAUCAGAAACCUUCUUAACUUGCAGUAUUUCUAUUUUGGAUGCAAAAGGCUGUGAAAUACUUACCCGAAUCACUCACCAUCAUUUCAAACAUGGAUUUGAUGUGUUUUGUUGGUAUCUUUUAUAUCGAGAAGAAAUACAACAUUCCUAUCUGAGUGAUGACACUUUGAGAUUAAGAUGCAUUCUGAAUAUGGACACAGGCAAGACAACAUGCAAGAUCACACAGACAAUCCGUGCAUCGCCUAAUGAUGAAGAACAGGUAAAAUAUAAUAAAAACGAACUGUCCGAAGAUUUUUUAAAUAUGUACUUGAAAGGUGACUUUUGUGACUUAAAAAUCCGGGCCGGAGGUAGAGAAGUCAAUUGUCAUAAGGCCAUCCUGUGUGCGAGAUCUCCAGUAAUUAGUAAUUUGCUGGAUAAAGCGGGCCAAACAUCUGAAGGCUGUGUUGUCCUUGAUAUCGAAGAUCUAGAUGGCGAUACAUUAGAACAAAUGAUCUACUUCCUGUAUUCUGAUAAAAUCAAUGACUUAAAAUACACCCAAGCUUUGGAAUUAUUAGUUGCCAGCCAUAGAUAUCAAAUAAGAUAUCUCACAGAGAAGUGCUCUGUAUAUUUGAGUACGAUUUUAGAUUUCGAAAACGUUUAUGACAUUUUAGCCACUGCUUGUGAACACAUGCUUGGAGACUUGAGACGACGUGCCAUCAGCUAUAUAAGUGAAUAUUUUCCUCGUAUUUGUUUAACGACUGAAUGGGAAAACUUCCGAAAAACACGAAAAGAAAUAGCUGCCAAUACGUGCCGAGAAAUCAGACGAAUGAAGAAUAUGUAACUUAAUGCAAAUCUUCAACCAUCUUGUCAUUGAAAUGUUUGUGUUUAAGUCUUGGCAAGAAGCUUAUAUAUUCUGUGAAAAAAGGACAAUUUUAAUUCUAUUUAUCCUUUUAAGAACUUUUUUUGUACAUCUGGAAGUAUAAAAAUGCACGUAACUAGUGUAGUGAUUAGCACAAAAAGGAGACUCAUCAGACAGAAAAUAUGAUUUAUUGUUAAAAGUGUAUUUAAAGUUUGGUAAAGGCCCUUUAAAGAGUAAUUAUUAAGUUUUAGUGUUAAGAUUAAACUUGACAAUAGCGAUGAAUAUACCUGUAAUAUUUUUUUAA